AUGGACGCCGACCCCGCACCCGCCGCGAACCGGCUUGAGCAGCUGCCCACAGAGCCGUCCGAGCAGGGGCAGCCGCCAGUGAACGGCUUGAACCGGCCCGCGGUGCCUGAUGGCCCCCUGCAACAACGGGGCAGCAGCCGGGUGGAGGCAGAUGGCCGCCAGCGGCGCGGACGCAGCCACAGCCCAGGCGGCAGCAGGGAGCGGCGCAGCCGCAGCAGGAGCCGUACCCGCAGCAGCAGCAGCCAUGAGCGCCGGCGGCACAGGCGGCAGCAGGCGCAGCGCAGCAGGAGCAGCCGCAGCCGCAGCCGCAGCCGCGAGCGGCGGCAGCGCCGCAGCAGGAGCAGGAGCAGCGGGCGCAGCCGCAGCCGCAGCUGCAGCCGUUCAGCAGACAGCGACGGCAAGAGGCACAAGCACCGCCACAAGCACCGCCACCACCACCACCACAAGCACCAUGACAAGGAACACCACUCGCACCGCCACCACCACGCCCCACAGCACCAGCAGCAUCAGCAUCAGCCCAGGAAGCGCAGCAGGAGCCGGUCAGAGCCGCGGGAGGAGGCGGCCGUGCCGCCCCCGCCGCGCCCAGGCGGCCCGUUUGCCGCCGCCGCCGCACCACCACCACCACCCUCUGAGGGGGCUGGACCUGCAGCGGCGGGGGCAGGCGCUGGUGCUGCAGAGGACGGGGAGAUCAUGCGGCGCAACAGCAGCGUGGGAGCCUCCUCCCUGAUCAAGCUCAGCCUGCUGCCGCCCGGGCAGCCGUCGCCCGCCACCGCGGCAGCUGCCGCAGCCCUGCUGCCGCCCUGCGCGGCCUCGGCGCGCUUCGCAGGCCCCACGCCGUCCCCGCUGGGCCCGCCGGCGCUGCCACGGCUGCACACGCCGUCUGCCGCGGCGCUGGCGGCGGCGCAGGGAAUAGACGUGUCUGAUGUGUCGCUGGUGCAGCCCUCGCCCAUGGCGGCAGAGGCCACGGUGGCGGCGCUGUCGGCACUCAUGAGGCAGCCUGCGCGGCAGCCCUCGCUGCCGCACCUGCACCAGCCAGCCAAGCGUGGCGGCGGCGGCGGCGGUGGAAGCGGUGGAGCAGCGGGCGGGGGCAAGAAGAAACAGCUGCUGAGCUUUGGGGAUGAGCUGGAGGAGGACGAGGUGGACGGCGGCGGCGCGCGGCCCGCGCUGGCCAUGUCUGCCGCCACAUCCAAGCGCUUCAAGCACGAGAAGACGCUGGUGAUGCUGAACCCCAGCCUGUCGGGAGACCUGCAAGGCCACCCGCUGGCUUCGUUUGAGGACGAGGACAGCCUGCCCUGCUCCCCCGCCGCCCCGCUGGACAGGCGGCUGGGCCAGGUGCUGUGGGGAUCCGCCCAGGCCAAGGGCAUGCGGCCCUACAUGGAGGACCGCCACACCCUGAUCAACUCCUUCCAGCCCCGCACCUCCUCGGGGCAGGCGGUGCAGGAUGGCGUGUUCCGCGCCUACGCCGCCGUGUUUGACGGCCACAACGGCGCCUCGGCAGCGGAGCACGCCGCCGACCGGCUGCAUCACGAGGAGGAGCGCGUGGCGGCGGCGCUGGUGCACUCCUUUGAGGCGGUGGACAAGGAGAUCAUGAUGAGGUGCCGGCUGGAGGGCACCAAGGGCGGCGCCACGGGCCUGGUGGUGCUGCGCAUAGGCAACCAGCUGUACGCCGCUCACUGCGGCGACUCUCGCGCCGUCAUGAGCCGCGGCGGCGAGGCGCUGCGCCUGACCGAGGACCACAAGCCCAAUUUGCCGCGGGAGCGCAAGCGGGUGGAGGGCAUCGGCGGGCGGGUGGACUUCGCGCGGUGCUGGCGCGUGAUUGUGGACCCCGGGGACGGGCGCCCCGCCAGCGGGCUGGCGGUCUCGCGCUCCUUUGGGGAUCCAGACUUUAAAGAGCCGCUGCACCUGGUGACCGCCACGCCCGACGUCAUGCGCGAGCGGCUGCAGCCGGGGGACGACUUUGUCAUACUGGCAUCCGACGGGCUGUGGGACGUGCUCUCCGACUCUGAUGCCUGCUCCGUGGUGCGGCGCCACCUGCAGCAGGCGGGCGCGCCCCGACAGAUCACGCCCCCGCAGCUGCUGCCCGGCGCCGCCGCCUUUGGCGCGGGAUCCUUUGCCGACCAGCUGCGGCGCCCGCCGCUGCUGACGCCCGCGCUGGCGGCCGCGGCGGCGGAGCGGCUGGUUCAGGAGUCGCUGGAUCGAGGCACGAUGGACAACGUGACGGCGGUGGUGGGGCUGCUGCAGCGACUAGCGCAGGACGAUCUGGUGCAGUCCGCGAUUGUUAACGGCGUCAAUGCCAAGAGGGGGCGGUACCCCUAUGCGGCCUCCCUGCGCCGCAAGGUCGGCAAGCUCUGGAUGCACUUCUGCGGCGGCUCUCUAAUCCACCCAAGAGUGAUCCUGACAGCCGCCCACUGCUUCUACAACGAAGAUGGCACCCGAGCAUCCCCUGGAUUCUUCAAGCCGCUGGUGCGCAUAGGCGGGUAUGUCAAGUAUGGCGGCGACGCCGGGCACGAGACCAGGCGUGGCAUCGCCGUGCGCAUCCACCCCCGCUACUCUCCCGAUACCGAGGAGAAUGAUGUGGCGCUGAUCCUGCUGGACCGCUCCUCAACUCGCGCCACCAUCCGCCUGCCCCGCCCCAGCCGCCUGCCCGCGGCGCGGUUUGGCGCGCAGCUGACGGCCGUGGGGUGGGGGCUGCUGGCGGAUGGAGGGCCAUCGGCCCGGGUGUUACAGGAGGUUGGCAUCGUCUCCUGGGGCUACCGCUGCGCCGGCGGCAAGCCGGGCGUGUAUACCAACGUUGCGAGAAUGAUGCCCUGGAUCAGCGACAGCAUGAGAGCCAUGCUGAAGCGGCGCGGGCAGCGGCGUGGACUACUUGGUGAGAGCUAA